AUGAUUUCAGAAACUAAAAGUAGCAACUGUUUUAGCAAUGAUUCUCAUGAUACUGGCCCAAAGUAUACGUAUGAGUUGGUUAAGGAUAUCUCGGAUUUUGUCAUGAAGAGGAUACAUAUAAAACCAAAAGUAGGUAUUAUUUGUGGAUCUGGAAUGGGAGCAAUACCAGAAGAGUUAACGGAAAAGAUUGAAAUUGAGUACAAAGACAUACCUCAUUUUCCAAUUAGCACUGUUCAAGGCCAUGAUGGUAAGCUUGUUACAGGUAAGAUGGGUAGAGUAGGGGUUAUAUGUAUGCAAGGAAGGUUUCAUUAUUAUGAGGGCUACCCUCUAUCUACAUGCUCCAUGCCUGUCAGAAUGAUGAAGCUGUGUGGAAUAACACACAUUAUAAUCAGCAAUGCGGCUGGAGGGAUCAAUCCUGAGUACAAUAUUGGUGAUAUCAUGAUUAUAAAAGACCACAUUAAUUUUCUUGGAUACGGUGGAGUCAAUCCGCUGGUUGGAGCCCAUGACGAAAGGUGGGGGCCGAGGUUUGUCCCUGUGAACAAAAUAUACUCUGAAGAAGUGCGGGAAAAGGCCAAGAUUGCAGCUCAAAGACUCGGUAUUGAAUCCUUCCUUAGGGAGGGUGUUCUCUCCAUUACUGGAGGGCCAUGCUAUGAAACUGUUGCCGAGUCGCGUAUGCUACACAAGCUCGGUGCUGAUGCUGUUGGAAUGAGUGUGAUAGGAGAAGCCAUUACUGCAUGUCAGGCUGGGCUCACGGUGUUUGGAUUCAGCCUUAUUGCAGGUAAAUGCCCCAUGGAGUAUAGUGUAGAUUCUGAAAUAAGCCAUUCCGAGGUGGUUGAAUGUGCACAAAAGCGUGAAAUAUUGAUUAGGAAAUGGGUAUUGGAACUUGUUGGAAUCCUAAUUCCAAGCCUGCCAUCCGAUAUAUGA